UUUGUAUCUAUGUAUCUAUGCAUGCAAGUGUGUAUACAAGCGUGUAUGUGUGUACGUGUGUGUGUGCUUGUGUGUGUUGAUUUGCUAAGCUUUGCUUACUCUAGCCGUUUGGUGUACCCGCCACCUUCAUUUCGGGUGGGUGAAGCUACUACAGUUAAGCACCACCACCUCUGCAAGCAGUAGCAAGCUUUUACAAUUGGUUACUUCACAAAACCUCAGUCCAGCACUGAGAUAAAUCGAGGCGAGGACGAAGACAACGAAAGAUAGAUUAACUGGAGAAAAAGGAGAAAAGGAAGAUAAGUGGAUGACGAGGAGAAAAGACGAUGAAAAAGAAGGGGAAUAAGAAGAGGAAGAGGAAGAGAUGCUAAGGAACAAAGGGAAAUGGCAAAGAAGAUGAACGAGAAGAAGAAAAGGAAGAUAAAUGUAGAAAGAAGAUAUAUAAACCAGGAGAAUACGUGAUAUUGUAGUUUAUUUCAAGACGAAUGCUUAUGAGGAAGUUUUGAUUAGUUCUGCGGUGCGAUGAACAAAAUGUUAUUCUUAAGGACACUUUCCCAAUUCUAUGUCUUCGUUUGCUGCCAGUUUCUUGUUUUUCUAGACUUCAGCUUUGGUUUCGCCAUUUCUAAUCCGUUACGGUGGCAGCAGACGCCAACUUUGCUCCGGUCUCAUUCGUUAAUAACCAAUUCGAAAGUCCCGAAUCCAGAACCGAGAAGCAUUUUUGAAGUAAAAACAAAAGCAAUGUUUUAUAAAAGUAAAACAAAUACAGAGAACAAGUUACAAGAAAGGAAGCAGUUGUCUUUUAGACAGAAAACUAAUUAUUCCAGUAGGAAUUCGAGGUUCCAGAAUGUAAUAGAGAAUCAUAAUUCAUCUAUGAAUUCCUUCAACUACCAUCUUGGAGAUAUUGAUAGUUACAGUUCGAGAAACGAAAAUGGAAGUAAAAAUAUUUGGCCGGUUGAUGUAAGUGGUGGAAUGGAAGAUGGAGACUUCGAAGACGGUGAGAAUGUUUACACUGGAUUAUCGAUUGUGAGAAGAAACAGAAGAAGCUUGCAGAACAUGUAUGACAGGUCUUUGAGAACAAGCAACAGGAACCAUCGCAGAAAGAGACGACAUCCAGUGGACAAUGACAAAAAAGGCGGCAAAUUCCGAUUUGGCAAAGAAAACGAAAGACAUCGUAAAGUGAAGCUGAAAGCCAAGCAAAGCCGUACGGCGACAAAACAGGGCAGCAAACACAAUUUAGUCACGACUAAAAGCAAUAAUAAUAAUAAUGAUAAUAAUAAUAAUAAUAAUAAUAAUAAUAAUGAUAAUAAUAAUAAUAAUAGAAACCGACACGGGAACAGUUUCAGGAGUAAAAAUUCAACUGGAAAGCAAAAACAGAACGGUAGACGUUUCGGCAACCACUCGUACCAGCAUUCUUCGAGAUCAGGCACAGCUUGCCAUAUCUGCAACAUGAAGAGAAUCGAUAAAGAAUUGAGAUUAAAGAAGCUUAAAAUACAAAUCUUGAAACAGAUUGGUAUGACUGAAUUUCCGAACGUCACUGCAAGACAGCGAAUAUCGCAAGUUCCGGUUUUACGUCAACUCAUUGACAAUAUGUCUAUGCAACGCGAUGAACCGCAAUGGAAAAAUCUACCUGAUGAUUAUGAACUCAGCUUCCCAGAACGAAUGAUUAUCAUCGCCGAAAAACCACAACUUACACGGCGCUCUUUGAUCGCCAGAAGCGCUAACGACAUCUGUUAUUUCAACAUUGGUGACAAAUUGGAACAUUCUGUUAUUAAAGAAGCGAAUUUAUGGCUUUACCUGAAGAAAACUGUUAAAAGUAUUAAAAGAAGUAUUGUGAAAAUCCGCAUCUGGAAUGCAACUGCAAACACGAAACGCGAAAGACCGUUAAGAUCUAUCAAACUUGAUGUUAGCAAUCACGGACAAUGGAUAAAAUUGAAAAUGUCUGCGAUUGUGAAGUAUUGGGUGAAACAUAGUGACUUUAACUACGGUCUAAAUAUCACGGCUAUUGAUCCUUUUGGUGACAACAGGAUUUGGACACCGGCAGUGCCUGGCCAUGGUGAGGAAUACCCGGUGAUGGACAUUACAUUCUCCCGUCAGAAACACGGCCGUCAAAGACGAACGACCAGUUACAAGUGCAGCGCGAAAGAACCUUUAGGCCGCUGCUGUUUGUACCCGCUUACAGUGGAUUUCACGAAGAUGAAAUGGGCAUGGGUAUUACAUCCGAAAUCAUUUGAAGCUAACUAUUGCUCUGGCAAUUGUACCAUUGAUAUGAUGGACGAUAGUUUUCCAAACACUUAUAUCGGUUUUCAGUCUAGUCUGAGCGUCAAUGAUAUCCCAUGCUGCACAUCGACCAAUGAGAGCGUUCUCCAAAUACUCUAUUUGACUAAUAAAAACAAAGUAAUCCGAACAAACCUUAAAGACAUCAUUGUUAAUAACUGUGGCUGUCGGUAGAUAGAUAGAUAGAUAGAUAGAUAGAUAGAUAGAUAGAUAGAUAGAUAGAUAGAUAGAUAGACAGAAAUAGAUAGACAGACAGAUAGAUAGAUAGAUAGAUAGAUAGAUAGAUAGAUAGAUAGAUAGAUAGAUAGACAGACAGACAGACAGGCAGGCAGGCAGACAGACAGAUAGACAGACAGACAGACAGACAGACAGACAGAUAGAUAGAUAGAUAGAUAGAUAGAUAGAUAGAUAGAUAGAUAGA